UGUAGACACCACGCUGCGCACAGCCAUGGCAUCUUGGAGUCAGCUCGGGCAGCUGGGGCCACACAUCACCACUUUGACAUUGCGAGGGAUCUCCAAGACACGCAACCGUGGCUCCAUCUUACAGCUCUUGGACGAUGCUGGCGGAAAGUACAACUUCGUCUACAUGCCCGCUGGCCGUUCCACUCAUGCAGGCCUCGCCAUCGUAAACUUCGUGGAUGCUGAGGCAUGCCACCGAUGCUUUCUCGCGCUGAAGAACAUGCAGGAGCAAGGUCUGAUGGUGGGCAUUAAGAGCAUCGGGCAGUCAAAAAUUCAAGGCUUCUCCGAGAACCUCGCAUAUUAUGUGGUGAUUUCUCGCCAAGAUGAACGUGUGACAGAUCAACCGUUGAUCUUCGUGAAUGGUGAAGCAGCGGAUGAACGAUUUCUUGAAUAUUUGAUCAAGACUUUCGUGACCCAUGCUAUGAAGCAACGAGCCGAAGAGCAAGCUGAGGCUAUGUACAGUAUCGGGAAGAUGGGACCAUCACCACCUGGGUUGACCUGCGGCCCACUACAGCCAGGGUGCCUUUCGAGAAACAAGGACGGUGCCCCAUCCCAAGCCCCGGCCAUCCCUGCCCUCUCGGUCUCUCUCGGAUCAAACUCUUCGAGAAGCUCCCGGCCAGAGACGCAGAUGCCGCCGACGCCGCAGAUGCCACUGGCUGCACAGGAGGGGCUUCCUAUCUACGACAUCCACGCAGAUGCUGAGAUCCAGGCACUUUGCGACCGACUGGGCCGCAAGACCUGUGAUGGAAUGAUCGUCUUCUCCCUGUAGCAGGGAGCCGGGACUACAUUGGGACUCGCAAAUGGUGUUGAAUUCCCACCUCAAAUUAUUUUCCGAAAUUCAACAUCCACGAACAACGCAGCUGCAUCAUUGGACAGACCAAAUGCAGUGCGCUGGAUCAGCGUGGAUCACUUGCAUCAGCUGGGGGAACCAGUUCCAAAAGUCUGUCUCCUCCAGCGAUGCUUUUUCAUCGUGGUAUUAGAAUUUUCAACAAAACCUGGAACAACUGGAACAACUGAACCCAGGGUAAGUUUUACAGCAGUUGCAUGCGUUGUCGCUGUCUCCGUGCCUUGUACAAACAUGCACCAACCCCUGCUACUCAACAAGGGGUGGUCCAACGGACACGCGAGGAAAUUUGCAGAAACGCUUUUCAAACCUUCUGACUGGCCGAGAGCCAUCAAAGGGUUGCAACUUCGCACUCAUGGGAACACUGCGAGUUAGAUAGUUG